ACGACAGCGGGCCGCCGCCGUUUUCGGCGAGGUCGGGAGGUGGAUGAAAGCAUGGCAAGCGACGGACACGCGGCUCGAUUAUCGCGCGGUUGUUCGCACGCUCGUCGGUCCUGAGGACGUUCGUGGCCAGGUGCGCGUUUCGUUCGUCGUCGCGAGACUCGGGAGCGUCCGCGCGAGUAUCGACCGCUCGUAUCACUCUCCUCGCGCUACGGACGCAGGGCGUCGGUGCUCGUUCGCCGGCCACGCGCCACUUGCAGCAGUUGCGAAAAGUUGUCAAGCGCAGCAACAGGUUCCAUUUACUUUUGAAACGCAAUCUUUUCUUCGAAGAAACGGGGGAACGGAUAAGAAAGUUCAAUGUCACAACUUCGCCCAGAGCCACACUUCUGAGACUCGUAAGUCGCCUUACAAGCUGUGUAUCCAUAUAGUUCCUAGAUUAACGACCGUUUUCCCACAACGCCACGUGGAGCCUAGGCAUGUGAGCGCGCACGCCGCAACACAAGUACUCGUGAACGUUGACCGGCUACGUGGAAAAAACGGGCGAACGAGGAAAGUCCGUGACUAGACCGUGUACGGCUAAUUCGGGAGUUGGCCGUGACCACGCACACGGGACGAGGGACCAACGUAACCGCGAGUACGCGCGUUGUGCUCGAGGAAAAAGAGUGCAGGAACGCGAGAGGGGCCUAGACAGCGGACCGAGCGCAAGCAACCGGCCAAGUCGCCGACAAUCCUCGCGUUCUGCUGGACGGGCGUGCAUGGUGCGCUCAGGUGUGCGAUAUCUGAUUAGCAGUAUCGACAGACCGUAAUCUUGUUUUUUCCCCCCCGCAAUCUUGAUAUCACUAUUUUAAUUUUUUAUCUUACAGUUUUUAAUUGCAACUUUGUUGUAAAAGCAGGAGGAUAUCUGGUGGACGUUGGGUGGCGGCCAAACUUAGCGCGAGUUAGGAGACAGUAGCAUUGAUUCGUCGUUCUGCGCCACUAUCCUGGAAUCUGGUGCCCGCGAAGGACAAGCAUCCGCGGGAUUUAUGGAGCGGAAGGAUGCGAACGAGAAUACGGAAGGAUACGUGAGUGAAGACGCAACGAUGAUCACGGACAGGAGAGAGACGCCGGAAGGUUCCCCCGAGGAUUCGGGCACGCCGUUGGAAAUGGAACAGUCGGACGUCGGUCGGAGAACCAGUAUUUUCAAGUAUUACGCCUAUAAGAGUGCAGAUAUGACGCCGAGCACAUCAAAGAAAACGAGGGGUCCCCUCGUUGGCGUUAUCGACGUUGGUACGCGGACUGUUCGCUUCGUGGUAUUUAAUGCGAAGCACGUCGCCGAGGUGGCUUCCCAUCAAAUAGACAUAGAACAAAUUAGUCCGCAGGAGGGAUGGGUGGAGCAGGAUCCCAAAGAAAUCCUUUUUGCGGUAAAAGCCUGUAUUAAGGAGACAAUCCGCAAAUUAGACGAGCUGGGAAUGAAGAUCAACGAAAUCGUCACAGUGGGCAUUACUAAUCAGAGGGAAACUACGAUAGCGUGGGACACGAUUACCGGCGAUCCGCUUUACAAUGCUAUAGCAUGGUCCGACAUCAGAACCGACACGAUCGUGGAUCAGGUCAUAGCAAAAUUUCCGGAUCAGAGCAAGAAUCACUUGAAACCGUUGUGCGGUUUGCCAGUGAGCCCGUAUUUCUCGGCUUUGAAGAUCCGUUGGUUGAAGGAAAAUGUGCCGGCCGUAAAAAAGGCAAUUCGCGAGAGGCGCUGUAAAGUGGGAACAAUGGAUACAUGGGUCGUUUGGAACUUAACGGGAGGCAAGGAUGGUGGACUUUAUAUCACUGAUGUAACGAACGCGUCGAGGACGAUGUUGAUGAACAUAGAAACGCUCUCGUGGGAUCCUACAUUAUGCAGAUAUUUCGACAUUCCUAUGCAAAUGUUGCCCAAGAUCAGAAGCAGCUCCGAAGUAUACGGCAAAAUUUCACUCGCUCCGCUGUCCGGAAUUCCUAUAUCCGGUAUUUUAGGAAAUCAACAAUCAGCUUUGGUCGGACAAAACUGUUUGAAGAAAGGACAGGCAAAGAACACGUACAGAAGUGGUUGUUUCCUAUUGUGUAACACGGGACAUAACAGGGUAUACUCUUCUCAUGGAUUGGUCACGACAGUCGCGUAUCAAUUAGGUCCGAAGAGUCCGCCUGUUUACGCGCUGGAAGGGUCAGUCGCAGUGGCAGGUGCUGCUAUUAAAUGGCUACGGGAUAACAUGAAGCUCAUAAAAGACGUCCAUGAGAGCGAGCACUUAGCGCAAAGCGUAUUUAGCACGGGGGAUGUCUAUUUUGUGCCUGCAUUUUCUGGAUUAUACGCACCGUACUGGAGAAAAGAUGCACGGGGGAUAAUCUGUGGACUUACCGCGUUUACCACAAAGCAACAUAUAAUCAGGGCGUCCCUUGAGGCGGUAUGCUUUCAAACCAGGGACAUCCUCGAGGCGAUGCACAAAGAUUGCGGAUUCCCAUUAACGAAGCUAAACACGGACGGGAAAAUGUCGACUAACAAUCUUCUCAUGCAGCUGCAAGCUGACCUAUGCGGUACACCAGUAUUUAGGUCAACCAUGCCUGACAUCACCGCGCUGGGUGCAGCGAUGGCUGCGGGGCAUGCCGAGGGGAUAGACGUCUGGGACUUGGAGGGCGAGGAAGUAGAGACCGUGCCGACCGACACCUUCCUCCCAACUACCACGCCGGAAGAGAGGGAUGCAAGAUACAAAAAAUGGCAAAUGGCGGUAGAACGAAGUCUAGGUUGGGCGGCGACGAAAAUGUCCGAUCAAAUGACAGAUGAAAAAUAUUGCAUAUUGGCGUCCAUUCCUGCCAGCUGGUACUUAAUGUCGAGUUUUAUUCUGUUACAAUUAAGCCAUUAUAUGGCGAAUCGGUGACGGCAAGUUAACGCUAUCAAGAUGCAAGUUAUUGUAGAAAGCAGAUAGCCCUGAUGGAAGAAACUUUAGCAAAGUGACUUACGAAGUUCGAUCAGUCGUGCGUUCGCACUCGAGUAACGCAUUACGAAAUGAUCAGAGAUCAAAUCGCUUUGGAUUUAAUUUGUUUUGUAUAUUUUGGUACGUCUUAUCAUCGUCAUACGUUCAGUAAUCAAGAAGCAAGCCUAAUGAAUGAUGUGAUUAAUAUAUUUUUGAAUUUAUUAAUUGAUAAAUAAAACGCAGUAUCUAAUAUCAUAUUUAUCAGUUUUCGAAAUAGAAACGUUAGAAAUGUAUGUAUUUUAAACUUACGAAAUACUGUGUCACGCAUAAUUUUACUCCUUUUUAUAUUAUUUAAGAAUAUAUUAUGCAAUUUAGAAUUAUGUGAAUUACAGAACAUGAAAUAGAUGCUUUGUUUUACUUGUGAU